AUGGUUGAUGAGGAAAACAUAACUGAUGCAGAUCAGUCAUUUGAUCUGCAAGUUUAUACACUGUUAUCGUCAGAUAAAACAGAUGAUUUCAAUUUGCAAUUGAUAACUGUCGGUGAUAAAAAGUUCAUAUUUGAUCGUGUUGAAAGUCUUCGUUUGCCUCACGAUGAUUCUGAUGCUGUAUCCUAUCUAUAUCAUUUGAAAUUAACCGGUGAACCUGAACUUUGCAGUUCCAUAACUGCAUUCUCAUUGCGUUUAUCAACAGCUGGAAAAAUGAUAAAGCGGCAUCAUUAG